GGAGCAGCACCGCGGACAGCGCCCAGCCGCGCCGCGCCCAGCCCAGCCCGCCAGCCCUGCCGCCCCGAGGUUCGCGCCCCGCGCUCUCCGACGCUCGCCGCGGCACCAUGGCCGAAUCCCACCUGCAGGCGCCCCUUAUCACAGCCUCACAGUUUUUCGAGAUCUGGCUUCAUUUCGACGCUGACGGAAGUGGUUACCUGGAAGGAAAGGAGCUGCAGAACUUGAUCCAGGAGCUUCUGCAGGCGCGAAAGAAGGCUGGAUUGGAGUUAUCACCUGAGAUGAAAACCUUCGUGGAUCAGUAUGGGCAGAGAGAUGAUGGAAAAAUAGGAAUCGUAGAGUUGGCUCAUGUCUUACCCACAGAAGAAAAUUUCUUGCUGCUCUUUCGAUGCCAGCAACUGAAGUCCUGCGAGGAAUUCAUGAAGACUUGGAGAAAGUAUGAUACUGACCACAGUGGCUUCAUAGAAACUGAGGAGCUUAAGAACUUUCUGAAGGACCUCCUAGAGAAAGCAAAUAAGACUGUGGAUGAUACAAAGCUAGCUGAGUACACGGACCUCAUGCUGAAGCUAUUUGAUUCAAACAACGAUGGAAAGCUGGAGCUGACAGAGAUGGCCAGGUUACUACCAGUGCAGGAAAACUUCCUUCUUAAAUUCCAGGGAAUCAAAAUGUGUGGGAAAGAGUUCAAUAAGGCCUUUGAGUUAUAUGAUCAGGAUGGCAACGGGUACAUAGACGAAAAUGAGCUGGAUGCUUUACUGAAAGAUUUGUGCGAGAAGAACAAACAGGAUUUGGAUAUUAACAAUAUCACUACAUACAAGAAGAACAUAAUGGCCUUGUCGGAUGGAGGGAAGCUGUACCGAACAGAUCUUGCUCUUAUUCUCUCUGCUGGGGACAACUAGAGUUGGUGGCCACAACCACUUGCUAGUGAUACAUUGUAUCUAAAAACAUAACUGUGCGCUAUAAAAGAGUAGGCUGUAUUUUCUUUUAUAUCUGUAAAUUCUAUUGCAUAUAGAGAAUUAUCCAGGAUGUAUGGCACAUUCUUUUCUGCUUGUUUCUAUACUGUUUGUAAUGUACAGUUUUUGUAACCAUAUAAAUGAAAAGAAGAAAGUCCAUGCUUGGGCCAGUCAGUACAAUCAACUAAAAAAAAUAAGUCUAACAUGGUUUUGCUUUCAUAAAUAGAGCUGAGCACGUGGAUUUCCCUAAAAUUUCUACCAGGAUUCAUCUCAAAGAUUCAAUGUCAGAUGUGUAAAUGCACAUCUGUCACUGAGUAAAAAUAAUAAUAAUAACUCGUGACAAGCCAAGCAUUUUUAUUUUAGACUAUCAUAGGGCUGUCCUACAAAGUACUUGUGUGAUGUUUCCACCUAGUGGAAGGGGUGUGCUUCUGAGUCUGAAGCACCAAAUAUCAAUAGUUAGUUUAUUAUAAAACAUUAUUUCUAGAGAUUUAGUUUACUGAUCGGUGGCAUGUCUACUGCUUGAAGAGAUAGCACACUAUUCACUCAAGUUGGCUUGGUGACAAGGGAAGGUAGCCAGAUGGCACAUAAAUCUGUCUGAUUCUAUACCUAUAUUUCCAAGAAGUCUACUGCCAGAGAGUAUGGCCUUAGCCCAUUUUCUAAAUUAUUUUCAUGUGUUCCGGAUGACAAUUAUUCUAGUAAACUGCUGUUUUAUGUCAUAUCUUGUGUGUACUCUCUGAUUAAAUUCAAUGUACUGAGUAUCCUGGUGUGUAGUUUGCAUACUUCCUGGAUUUUCUAUGUAGAAAUUGUUCAUUUCCACCAAGGGUAUCUGCUGCCUCGGAAAAUAUUUUUUUCUAGCUAUAACUACUCUAUUUUUUACUAUGUAACUGAAUUUUAAUGUAAGAUUCAUAGCAACCUGAUUAUUGAAUGUUACUUCAUCAAAACCUGUAUAUUCUGUGGAUUCUAUAUUUCAUAUGGAGAUCAGCAUUCAAAUAGUUUUAUUUCUACCUGAAGAGUUUCAGAUGAGUUUAAGAUAGAAUGAGAAAAGUGUAAUCAUUUAUCUUAUCUAGCAAAUGAUAUUCUAACCCUUUCACUGACCUACAUGUAACUCAACUCCAUGUAUAUUUUAGUUGGGGUAGCCUAUAUUGAUUAUUGGUGACAGAUAUUCAUGACGUUAGAUUCUUUACUGUGAGGUAAAAAACAAAUGAGAGAAUCUGUGAAAUUUAUAGUUAUCACUAAAGAGUUAAUGAAGAUCUAGGUCAGCUUGAAUAUUCCCAUUAAGUACUUUUCUUCCAAUUCAUACAAAUAACAACAACAAAAAGUAUGGACUCUUUACCUCAAGAAUGAAUAGAAAAGGGAUCUGCCACAAAACAAACAAACAACAACAAAAACCCACCAUAUCUCCGGAUGGGAAGGAAUGAUCCGUUGGCUUUGCUGCAGUUUGUAUUUGACAUUAGACUGAAUUUAACUACUAAGAAUAAAUAAAAUUACAUUGCUUUCUCA